AGUGGUGGUGUUUGAAGUGCUGUUUGAAGUGCUGCUCUGUCCGGAGGGGAAGCAGGAGGAGAGAAGCAGCGCUGCGCAGACCAGAAAGAAUAGAAAAGAAAAGAAAAGAAAAGACGGAAAAGUGCACGGAAGUGAAGAAGAGCAGAAAAGUCGGAAAGUUCUCCUGCAUCUGCGCGCGACUUUUCUUCUUUCUUUUCUGAGAGUGAGAGAGGAGAGUUUGGGAGUGAGGAGUGCUGUGCUGGAGGAUGAGGUGACAGCUGAGAGAUCAGUGGAGAACCUUCCUCUUUCUCUCUCACUGUCACUGCUGGAGAUGAUGAUGAUCAGGAUGAUGAUGAUGAUGAUGAAGAUCUCCCUACAGGAGGACCAAACUGCACCCGAGUCGGAUUAACUCCCUUUUCCUCUAGGAUGUUAUAACACUUUUUUUUUUUACCUUCUAAAUAAAACUUUGCUGUGUUUCCUGCGGCGCUCCAUGGAAACGGAUCCGAGGCUUUCGGGCUCGCGCUUCCCCGUUAAACUCGCGCUGCGCUUUAUUUUCUGUUUGUUUGUAUUUUUCUCCUCUACAGUAAAAUGAAGGAGCGGAAAUUAACCUGCUGCUAAUUAACCGCUGGAUUACUGUAAACACACACACACACACACACACACACACACAACACACACACAGCAGAGUAAGCGCGCGAGCCUCUGGUCGGUGCUGCGGGUUCGGGAGAGAUGACGGCGCGCGCGCUCGGUUUUGCGCUCUUCAUUGUGCACGCGUGCGCAGGAUCUCGGCUGCGGCAGGAGGACUACCCGCCCCGCAUCGUGGAGCAUCCCUCCGACCUGAUCGUGUCCAAGGGUGAACCGGCGACCCUCAACUGCAAGGCCGAGGGGCGGCCCACGCCGACGGUGGAGUGGUACAAAGACGGCGAAAGGGUGGAAACGGAUCGGGACGACUCACGUUCCCAUCGCAUGCUCCUUCCCACUGGUUCUCUCUUCUUCCUGAAAAUCAUUCACGGACGUCGGAGCAAACCAGACGAAGGCUCGUACGUCUGCGUAGCUCGCAACUAUCUCGGAGAAGCUGUUAGCCACAACGCGUCGCUGGAAGUAGCCAUUCUCCGUGAUGAAUUCAGGCAGAACCCCAGCGACGUCAUGGUGGCCGCCGGAGAACCGGCAGUGAUGGAGUGCCAGCCCCCUCGUGGACACCCAGAACCCACCAUCUCCUGGAAGAAAGAUGGCAUGAACGUAGACGACAGAGAUGAACGUAUAACAAUCCGAGGCGGGAAGUUGAUGAUCACCAACACGAGGAAGAGCGACGCCGGGAAGUACGUGUGUGUGGGAACGAACAUGAUGGGCGAGCGGGAGAGCGAGAUCGCCGAGCUCACCGUGCUGGAGAGACCCAGUUUCCUGCGCAGGCCGAGCAGUCAGUCGGUUCUGGUGGAGCAGAGUGUGGAGUUCAGGUGUGAGGCGCAGGGAGACCCCGUCCCCACCGUCCGCUGGAGGAAAGAGGACGGAGAACUGCCCAAGGGAAGGUUCGAGAUCCGUGAUGACCACACCCUGAAGCUGAAGAAGCUGAGCUCGGCCGACUCCGGCUCCUACACCUGCCUGGCGGAGAACAUGAUGGGGAAGGCAGAAGCCACAGCCACCCUCACUGUCCAUGUGCCUCCGGUGUUUGCGGUGCGGCCGAGGAACCAGGUGGUCGGGUUGGGACGCACCGUGACGUUUCAGUGCGAGGCGACAGGAAGUCCGCAGCCGGCCAUCUUCUGGCAAAGAGAAGGCAGUCAGAACCUGCUGUUCUCCUCUCAGCCGCCUCAGUCCUCCAGCCGGUUCUCCGUCUCUCAGACCGGUGAUCUGACCAUCACGGGAGUGGAGCGCGGAGACAACGGCUACUACAGCUGCCAGGCGCUCAACAUCGCAGGAAGUGUGAUCACUAAAGCUCUGCUGGAGGUCACCGAUAUCAUUUCAGACCGGCCUCCGCCCAUCAUCCGUCAGGGGCCCACCAAUCACACGGUGCCGCUCGAUGGGACGGUGGUUCUGGGCUGUAAGGCGACAGGAACACCACCACCCACCAUCCUGUGGAAGAAAGACGGAGUUCUGGUGCCCACUCAUGACUCACGGUUCAGGCUGCUGGACUCGGGCGCGCUACAGAUCCGCUACGCCAAGCUUGGAGACACGGGCGUGUAUACAUGUGUAGCAUCCAGUCCCAGUGGAGAAGCGUCAUGGAAGGCCUAUCUGGAAGUUCAAGAGUUUGGUAUUGGAGUCCAGCCUGGCCGACCCACCGACCCCAACCUGAUCCCCAGCGCUCCCUCCAAACCCGAGGUCACUGAUGUCACUCGCACCACCGUGUCUCUGACCUGGAGGCCUGAUCUCCACUCCGGGGCGACGCCCACCUCAUACAUCAUCGAGGCCUUCAGUCAUGCAUCAGGCAGUAGCUGGCACACCGUAGCAGAACAUGUGCGAACUGAGAGCUACGUGUUGAAGGGCCUGAAGCCCAGCGCGGUCUAUCUGUUCCUGGUCAGAGCGGCUAAUGCAUAUGGCCUGAGCGACCCGAGUCCCAUCAGCGACGCCAUAAAAACACAGGAAAUUCCUCCAACCAGUCAGGGAGUGGAGCACGGGCAGAUCCAGAGGGAGCUCGCGGACGUCAUCAUCCACCUCCACAAUCCCACCAUCCUUUCCUCCUCCUCCAUCCGUGUGCAGUGGACAGUGGAGCAGCAGUCCCAGUACAUGCAGGGCUAUAAGGUGAUGUACCGCGUAUCGUCUGAGCCGGGACAGACGCGAAGCGACUGGGCCGUGUUUGAGGUCAGGAGUCCUGCCGAGUACACGGCCGUGAUCGCUCAGCUCCGCAAAGGCACCACCUACGAGUUCAAAAUACGACCCUUCUUCAAUGAGUUCCAGGGCACGGACAGCGACAUCAAAGUCGGCAAGACGCUGGAGGAAGCCCCCAGCGCAGCGCCCAGAGGUGUGACCGUCACACAGAGUGGAGACAACGGCACCGCCAUCCUGCUCUCCUGGCAAGCACCUCCCGAGGACGAGCGUAACGGAGUGGUCCAGGAGUACAGGAUCUGGUGUUUGGGAAACGAGAGCCGUUACCAUAUCAACCGCACAGUGGACGGCUCCACCUUCUCCACAGUGAUCUCAGGUCUGGUGCCGGGCAUCCGGUACAGCGUGGAGGUGGCAGCCAGCACCGGAGCCGGACCUGGAGUGAAGAGUGAGCUCACCUCCUUCCAGCUGGACUCCUCAGGGAAGAUGACUCAGUCUAUAGUGGACCCAGAGGACACGCUCUCUCAGCAGAUCUCGGACGUGGUCAAGCAGCCAGCCUUCAUCGCCGGGAUCGGCGCGGCGUGUUGGAUCAUCCUCAUGGUGUUCAGCAUCUGGCUGUACCGCCAUCGCAAGAAAAGGACGGGCCUGAGCACGAGCUACGCCGGCAUCCGGAAAGUUCCAUCGUUCACCUUCACGCCUACCGUUUCCUAUCAAAGAGGAGGAGAAGCUGUGAGCAGUGCUGGCAGGCCUGGUUUGUUGAACAUUAGCGACUCGGCUAACCAGCCCUGGCUCGCGGACACAUGGCCCAACAGCUGCUCCAACCAGAACGACUGCAGCAUCAACUGCUGCACCGCGAGCAACGGCAACAGCGACAGCAACCUGGCCACCUACAGUCGCCCUGCCGACUGCAUCGCUAACUACAGUCAGAUGGACAGCAAACCCAGCAACCUCCUGGUGCCGGAUUCAUCCCUCUACGGAGAUGUUGACCUCUCCAACAAGAUCAACGAGAUGAAAACGUUCAACAGCCCCAACGUGAAGGAUGGGCGAUUGGUGGGGCCUGCGGGCCAGCCCACGCCUUACGCCACCACCCAGCUCAUUCAGUCCGGCCUGGGCACCAACCACAUGGGCAGCUCUGACCUCAACGAGAAACAGAACUGGAAAGGCAGCCAGGGGACACCUCAGAAACAGGAAGUGACCUUACAGCUGCAGUACAGCAUCAUGGAGCAGAACAAGCUGAACAAGGCCUCAGACCACUACAGAAGUGGAGACAGCACCAUGCCAGCCACCAUCCCGUAUAACCAAGCGGCUGAUCCCAAUCCCACCGUCGGCUCCUACAGCAGCUCCGACCGAGGCAGCAGCACAUCCGGGAGUCAGGGGCAGAAAAAAGGGGGGCGGACCCCGAAAGUGCCCAAGCAGAGCGCGAUGAACUGGGCUGACCUGCUGCCUCCGCCGCCCGUCAGCCCACCGCCGUGUCAGGACUAUGGCAUCUCAAUGGAUGACAGCUACGAGGCCGAACUCCAGUGCCCGGUCCCUCCGUCCCGCAUGUACUUACAGCCUGAUGAGUUGGAGGAGGAGGAAGCAGAUAUGGAACGAGGCCCUACCCCUCCGGUUCGAGGCACGGCCUCGUCUCCCGCCGCUGUGUCCUACAGCCAUCAGUCCACCGCCACUCUCACGCCGUCCCCACACGAAGAUAUGCAGCCCAUGCUCAUGGAGAACCCAGAGAACCCGCAUGAGCGCAGACGACAGUUAGUUAGCCCUGCUCCUCCACCACGGCCUGCGUCCCCGUCUCACACGUACGGCUACAUCUCCGGCCCCUUGGGUCUGGACACAGAUGGCCUGGAGGACGAAGAAGAAGAAGAAGGAGACGAGACGGAUGCAGACGUGCCGCUGGUCCACCAGCGAUACCCUCACGCGCUCAUCCCAGGACAUCAACAUGGGGUGCAUCCAAGGCUGAUGCUGCGUGGGCUGGAUCAGACGCCGGCGUCCAGUACAUGUGAGCUGGACAGCUCGGUCACUGGCUCCAUGAUCAACGGCUGGGGCUCUGCGUCUGAGGAGGACAGUGGGUCAUCGGGACGCUCCAGCAUCAUCAGCUCAUCCGAUGGUUCCUUCUUCACCGAUGCUGACUUUGCACAGGCCGUUGCCGCCGCUGCCGAGUAUGCCGGUCUCCGGGUUGCAAAGCAUUCUGGGAAAGGGCCGCCACACUAUACCGGGCCAGGAGCACGGAAAUACCACAACCUGCCUUCAGGCCACCGUCCAGCAAGUCCCUUUUCUACAGAUAGUAAUAUGAGUGCAGCUGUGGUGCAUAAAAGACCUCCAAAGAAACAGAAACAGCAAGCAGCUGGACACUACCAGCGAAGAGAGGCUUACACAGAUGACCUUCCUCCGCCACCCAUCCCACCUCCAGCCAUGCUCAAGUCCCCGACUCACCCAGCCAAGGCAGCGGCGGAGACAGGAAGGAGGUCCAGCUCAGCCGAGAGCAGGGACAAGAGAGACAAGAAGCCCAGAGAUGCCUCAGACACAAAAACCAGCUCGUCAGAGCGUCGAGACGCUCAAGAAAGACAGAAGGCUCAGAGAGCGGCGAAAUCCAGCAAACCAGAGCCAAGCGCAGGACGCCAGGACCCAGAGGACAUUGUGCCCUACAGUCGACCCUCUUUCCCAGCCGUCCACAGUCCCCGGGGUGACAAAGAGCCGAGCUCGUCCAGCUCCAUGUCAUCGCGAGGUUCUGGAGGCCGGAGGAGAGGUGAAGGAGUCUCUGGGAGCCACAGGAAUCCUGCAGAAAUUAGCCUCAACACCGUAGGAGCCUUCCAGCCAGGAGAAGAGCAACUGGAGAUGGCAGAGAGCUGAAGUUGGAAUGGACACGUCGCUAUUUUAACAACCAUCUUCAAUUUUACCCAUCUCAACAACAUCUUUCCUUUCAUAACUACCAAUCUUGAAAACUGACCAACUCUUUAACUCUUUUAAUUGUGCAUUUAAAGAUCAUUUCUCACAAAAAAACAAAAAAAAAACACAAAAAAAAAAACACUAAUGGUGCAUCUGAGGGAUGAAAAUGGAAAAAAAAAAAAAAGAUUUUGGUUUAAUGUGGUGGUGAUGAUGUGUGGAGUAACUCCAUGCAUGAGUGUGGCUUUGCUCGUAAAGUCCUCGACGCCAGGCAUUACUGUUAAUGAAUAAUAUUAGCUUCAAGCAGAAAGGGAUGGACUUACCUGUAAAUAAAUAAACAUGCAUACACGUCUUUUAUAAUAUGUGUGGUACAUUAAAUUCUGUCUUCCUCAGCUUAUUGGGAUAAUUUCAAAAUUUUUAGCAAUCAUUAUUAUUCUGUAAUUGUAUCAUUUCCAUCCUGGGUGUAAAAUUGCCCUAUCAUUUAAGCCAUUCGAAGAAAAGUGCCACAUUGAAGACGUGUCGUUUCUUUUUUUUGUUGUAAUGCACUGUUAUUUUGUCGUCUGUCGAUGUUUGUUGUUGUUUGUUUGACUUUGGUUUUAAAAGCACAAUCACUAAACUUUAUUUUGAACCAUGUUAUCGAUUAACCUUUUUGUCGUGCGUGAAAAGAACAGGUGCUGUAUGACAAAAGGCCUCGUUAACCCUGACGUAGUUGAAAGAGAGGAAAAGCUGUUUACAAAUAUGGAUGUGAACGUACAGAAAACACAGCCUUGCAUCUCUCUCUCUCUCUCUCUCUCUCUGCCUGAUUCUCAGAAAUGUUUAAUUUGCGCAUUGUUCCAUCAACACACCUUCAUUUACCACGUUAUGCACUUACCGACACUUGGAAUGAAGAGACGGGAAUCUGGAAGGACUGGCUAGCUCAGGGCCGUGGCGUUGUGCCGAGACGUCAGUCACGUUCGAAGAUGAGAGAGGAUGCGAAGUGUUUACUCAGAGGGCAUCUACAACUUUUGUUUCUUAAAGUAAAAAAAAAAAAAGCAUCAGGAAAAAAACAAUAAAGAAAGGUAAUUGAA